AGGUGCGGAGUUAAACAGAGUCAACGCUUAAUCUCCACACCUGCACAACCUCGAUAUCUUUCCUCCAUACCUCGACUACUUACUUCACCUUCCGGUCACAAUGAAUUUCCGUGAGAAGGUUCGACGAGUGUUCCGUCGGAGCAGCAGCUCAUCCUCUUCAUCCAAAUCCAAGGGCAACGGAAUCAAGAUCGAAUAUUACAAGCGCCAUGAGAUUCCUCGCUCCAAAUUCAAGGGUCCCUUCGAUCGCGAACACCAACGGCGCCUCGCAGCAUGGUCUUUCCAAGGGACGCAAGAAGAGCGACGCCGGUCUUUAGAUCUGUCGCUGUCCCCUUGUACAUCAUUGCCGGACUACCUGAGACCUCAAUGUUACGAGGAAGACCUGGCCCCGGAUCAGAUCCCAACGACGGCCCCGGAGGUAGAUGUGACGACUGCUUCGAUUUCCGUGGACCAUGACGAGUACGCUCAAGGCCGCCAGGGAGACAGCAGCGGCUCGACCUCGUCGACGGCCGUGGAUCCAGAGAGCUACAGCGAGUCCCUGAUGACUCUCCUUCCGGAACUCGAGCAGGAGGACCCGAUCGCCCUACUGAAGGAAACCAUCCGGUACACCUCUCCGGUUGUACGGGCCAUAUCGCCGCCGCCAAUGUCGCCCAAGGGCGCUUGCAUGCCCUUCGCCCCCGAGGAUCUGACACGAGCGUUGAACGCCGUGCAGAUCUGCUACUAGAACUUCUAUUUAUCCUAAUAACCGCAUCGACUUCCGGCAAGAUCUUCGCUUCUCCUCGUCACGUGAGCCAUUCACCCAAUGAGCGCC